CGACUGGCAUCUGAUUUCCCUCGGCUGAUCGCUUCCAAUCCCUCCAUAUCUCUCUCCGCUCCAUUCGACGACUCACAUCCGGAGUCUGCAGUACAGAGUACGGAGUACAGCUGCACUAUCCAUCUAUCUAUAGAGACUUCCUCCCCCCCCAUCUCAAAUCAGACAUAUCAUAUUCCAUAAUUCUCUACCACUACCAUCAUGUCGUCCUUCUCCAUUCUCAACACCCCCCACCCCGCCUCCUUAACCCCCUUCCUGCAUGCUCCGUCCCUCCAAUCCCUCCUACACCAUCCCGACUACCUCCCCAUCCGCACCUAUUCGCGCAUCCCCAAACCCUCCUCCGGCGAGGACGGCUACUUCGCCAACACCUUAGCCACAUCGCUCACCAUCCCACACGUCCUCACCCUCCGUCGUCGUCCCCAUCUCCUCUCCGCCCUGCCUGCCUCUCCGCCCCUCUGGCCCGCCCCCACCGGCUCCCCGACUCCCAUCCACGCCCCGGACUUGUUCCUGCUGCUCGAUCUCGCUACCCCGGGGGUGUCGGGUCAUCCGUCUACUGCCCAUGGUGGGGUCAUUGCUACGGCUUUGGAUGAGGCCAUGUCUUAUGCCGUGGCGCUGUAUGCACCGGAGACGGGCCCGCAACUAGCAGCGGAUGGAGAGGGUGAUGAUGUCCCGCCCACGCCACGCGGAUUGCUCUAUACAACUCAACUGGACAUCCGCUACAAGAGUCCCGUCGCGGCGCCGGGUUACCUGGUCAUUCGGGUGAAGGUUCUUGCUCGUGUCGGCCGCAAGUUCUGGGUGCGUGCGCAGGCGCUCCAGCCCGAAGAGGGGAAGACGCAGAUGCGCCUCACGACUGAUGCGAUGGCCUUUUGGAUGCAGACGGCGCCGUCGCUCUAGGUUGUCGCCGGUUCUAUUGUUCUUCUAUUGUAUGUACAUACUUAGAUCGAUCGGUAGAUAAGAUAUAGUCGAUCAGGGGUAGGGCCGGAGAGCGGAUGGGAAAGGGAGGUGGAAGAGAGGAACAACUCUCACUCUUACAACUUCUGGCGGGUUCCGAUGUUGC